GAUGCUGGUACUCCCACAGCCGAUGGCACCUCGGACGACGCCAACAAAGCUUCCAUUCUACUGGCGAAACUAGACUCAGCCAAGGAAGUUGUAAAGUGUCUUGAGUCCCAGUUGCAGUCUCUGGCUCUGCAACAGCUAGCCGCCAACAGUUCCUUGGAGAACCUCUUCUGUGUUGGAUCACCGCUACCAGUCUACCUUGCCCUCCGUGGUGUGCGUCCCGAUUCCUCGUCCUCUCCCGAUAAAGUCAUGCCGCGUUACCUCUGCCGCCACAUCUUCAACGUCUUUCAUCCCUCCGACCCGGCGGUAGGUGCUAACGUACAUUGA